UUCUCUUCAGACACAGGAGAGAGACAAGGAAAGUGGCGUAGCGUGGACCCGGGAACCAAAUCGCGGCACACCACACACGAUCGGUUUGUCGGAGCUCAGCCUUCCCCUCCCUCCCUGUUUACCCCUGCAGACUAACGGAGGGACGGAACGAUGUUUGGCUUUCACAAACCGAAGAUGUAUCGCAGUUUGGAGGGUUGCUGUAUCUGCAGGGCCAAGUCUUCAAGCUCCCGUUUCACGGACAGCAAGAGAUACGAAAAGGACUUCCAGAACUGUUUUGGUCUGCAUGAGGCUCGCUCGGGAGAUAUCUGCAAUGCUUGUGUGCUUCUGGUGAAAAGGUGGAAAAAGCUGCCAGCAGGAUCAAAAAAGAAUUGGAAUCAUGUGGUGGACGCAAGGGCUGGACCGAGCCUUAAAACAACACUGAAGCCAAAGAAGAUAAAACCUCUACCUAGUAACAGGAUGAAGAGCAAUCAAAUAAGCAAACUUCAGAAGGAGUUAAAGCGACACAACUCUGAUGCUCACAGCACUACCUCAAGUGCCUCUCCAGCCCACUCGCCUUGCUAUAGCAACCAGUCUGAUGAUGGUUCAGACACUGAGAUGGCACCGGGUUCAAGCCGUACACCUGUGUUCUCCUUCUUGGAUCUUACAUACUGGAAAAGGCAAAAGGUUUGCUGUGGAAUUAUUUACAAAGGCCGCUUUGGAGAAGUCCUUAUAGACACCCAUCUCUUCAAGCCCUGCUGUCGUAAUAAGCAGCCUGCAGCCGAGAAGUCUCCACUUCCGGUUCCACCAUCCUCCACCAUCACCAAUCAAGAAGAGUGGUGACUUCCUUAAAGGAGGUGCAGAGGGAGACGGAUGAAACCUCUUCUGCCAUUUAUUGAAGUGGCCUUCCUUUUACUUUGGAAAGACCUGCUAUGCUGCCAAAAGACUUUUAUUUUUAUUUUUUCCCCUCAAAGUGUCUGGAGAUUUUGUUUUUGUUUUUACUGUAUUAAUUCUACUAAUUCAGAGUCCCUUGAUAUCUUUUCAGAAAAAAAGACUAAGGAAUAUUGGCCACAUGGUGAAGCUGAACGCUGCUGUGUUAUCAUCUUUGUUCAGCCUUGUUCCCACCCUAAUGACUGGAAGGCUGGUGACCAUGUGGAGCAGGGCUGAUUGCAGUGUAUGGUUAAAAAAAAAAAAGAUGGCGGCUCAAGUAGUGCAAUCAAAGCUCUGCCUCUUUUUAUGUGUAACGUUGAUUUUAAAAAGGAGAAAUCUUCAAUUGCAUUAUUAGGGUUGCCAUCUUGACUUUUCUAAUCAUACUCUGCAGACACCCCUGUUAUGGAGUAUAUAUUUUUUGUCAUAAGCAGUGCUCCUGCUUGGCAUAAUAAAUUUUAGGUAGCCAUUUUUUUCUCUCUAUGUGGAGAGGAAUGAUGUCUCUUAAGGUAGUCCUUCCCCAGUGUAGUGGUCCUUCAACUAUUCUGCUCUCCCAAUUCUCAGUAUUUUGAGCCUUUUUAUAGCUGGGAAUUCUGCUGGAGUUGAAAGGCUUGUAUUUUCCAGGGGGUGCCUUGUUAGUAAAUCAUGGCAUGAAUUUGGAUACUGAAGCUUGUCUAAGACUUCUUCUGCCAUGCAUAUGAUGUAAAGUUUGCGGAGUUCUUAAUUCUUACUACUGAUGCUUCAGCGACGAUAAAAGACACUUGACCUAAUAUUUCUUGAUAGGAAGAAUGUACGUGUGAACAGACAGAGGAUGCAUUUGACAGGCAAAACUAGCAGGCGUGAAGCUUGAUCAGACCAAGGGGUGGUACCACUAUCUUAAAUCAUAAUUUGCCCCACAAACAAAAUUGCAGGUAAUUUAUGCAGAGAAACAGUUUCUUCAUAAUAUUUUAGGAUAGGGAUGGGCAACAUGUGGUCCUUUAGCUGUUGGAUUGCAGGUCCCACCAUCCUUAACUGUUGAGCAGAUUGGAUGCACUUGACUGCAGUAGGAGUUCAACCAUACCUGGAGAUCCAUAUAUUGAUCAUCCAAUGGAAAAAUCAGUAGAAAUGUUCUCCAUUUCAUAGGGAUUGAACAACAAUAUGAUGUAAACACAGUGCUAUGAGCACAAAACAUUUAAUUAACAAAUAGGUUUCCCUUGGUAUGAUGCUACAGUACCUUAUAAAUAUAAAACCUAUGUUCACUUUUUCAGAGUGGGAACAGUUGUCUUAUCCAUUCAUAAUACUAGUUCUUCAAAUGGCCUGUAGGCUUAGAACCAUACUACAUAUUUUAGUAAGUUCUUCCUUUUGUUUGAAAACUUCAAAGGAAAGCCAUGUUGACCAAAAUUCAGAUUUAGCCCUUUUCACUCCCUUCUCUCUUCCAUGUUGUUGACUUAUUUCUUAUCCAAGGAACAUUCCAUACUAACGUUUCCCACCACUCAGCUGAAGAGCUGAACAUGUUUUCUACGCCAUUUGAAAAGGGAAAAAUUAAUAUUUUGAAUCAUAUCCUCCAUAAAUAUGUGUAUAGCAAAUCAUGACAUUCUUCUUAUUUCAACCUAUUGGGUGGAAUCAAUCGGUGGAAUCAAUCAUUGAGCAGGCUUGCUAGAUAUGACCGGAGCCCAUUCCCCAGCCUUGGAGAGGUUAAAUUAUGUAAUAUAUUAUCUUAAAAUAUUUCACAGAUUCACUGAAUGGCUGCAGAGAACCACAUGUACAUUAAGGUGUGGUUGUUGGUUAUUUUAAAUGUCUGUUUUGCAUCUGUAUGUUCCCCUUCCCGUUUGAGUUGUUCACUGCCCUGAGUCCCUAUAGGGAAUAGGGCAGCAUAUAAAUAAAAUAAAACUUCAAACUUAAUGCCACCUAGCCAUAGUAAAUAUUACUCAUCAUUCUUGAAUCUUUGUCCCAGCUGCUCCCUCUGCUGGAAUUCUCAUUUGCCCCUCCUUAUCCAGAAGUGCCUCCAGCUGUUGUAGCUCCUCCUUUGCCCAGACUCCCAAUACAGAGCUACUUAGUUAACAUCCCUAAUGAUUACCCCUAAUUUGAUAAUAUCUCGUGUCUCAAAAACUUGAACAACAAAUUAUCUGGUUUCCGAACCCCCAAUACCUCUGUGUGAGUCCCUUUGGUGCCUCCCAAGUUCCUACACAUCCUACCAUUGCUUUCAGGCAAUAUUACUGUAGUUAAUUAUUGUACAGUUCAGUAAGGCUCUUGUCUUAUGUCAAAAUUGCUUCAGAAAUAGGGUAAACUGAAGCAUUAUGUUUCCUGGUGUUUCUUUUUUUAAAAAAAUUGAUGCUCUGAUUACCCAGGAACAGUUUUCUGUUAAAAUGUGGCUAAUGGGUGAUUGCCUGCUUUUGGGGAUCAAAAUAAUGGCUUCCCGGCAAGAGUUCUGCUGCUUUUGAUUUUUUGUUUUAAUUCAUUUUAAUAGCAUGAAAAUUUUGACUUGAUUCUGCAGUGCACUCUUAUGGAUGUGCCUGGGUUUUGAGUUUUUUUUUUUUAACUGAACAGUGAAAUUUUAGUUGUGC